AUGGCUAUCCAACAAGUCUGGUUCAUCACAGCUGCCUCCUCUGGCUUUGGCAAGGCAAUUGCCCUCUCAGCCCUUCGCCGCGGCCACGCCGUCAUCGCCACCGCUCGCCGCACAUCCAGCAUCCAAGAUCUCGCCGAUGCAGGCGCUCAAACUCUGGCCUUUGACGUGACUUCUCCGCUGUCUACUAUCGAGGAGGUGGCCAAGCAAGUCUUUGCCGACCACGGCCGCGUCGACUAUCUCAUCAAUGCCGCCGGCUUCAUCCUCGAGGGCUCCAUCGAGGAGGCCAGCCCCGAGGAGGUCUAUGAUAGCUUCAACACCAAUGUUUUUGGAACCAUGAACACGAUCCGCGCCUUCUUGCCGCACAUGCGCGCGCAGCCCCUGGCGGACAAUGGCGUCCGCGGUGUUGUCGCUACUUUUGGCAGCUUGGGCAGUUGGCACGGUGUUGCGAGUGCCGGAGUCUACGCCAUGACCAAGUGGUGCUGCUCUGCGCUGGCCGAGUCAUUGGCUCCCGAGCUUGAGCCCUUCAAGAUCAAGGCGACUGUUAUUGAGCCCGGAUACUUCCGCACUGGAUUCCUGAACCCCGGCACCAGGGUCUCGACUAAGGCCCGUAUCGCUGCUUAUGAGGACGAGAACACGCCCACGGGCAAGGUGCGCAGGGCUCUUGUGAACACGGAUGGCAACCAGCUUGGCGAUGUGACCAAGGGCGCCGAGGUGAUUGUUGAUAUGCUGUCGGGCACUGGUGUUGCGAGCGGCAAGGAGCUGCCCGUCAGGGUGAUGCUGGGGAGCGACACCGAGAAGGUUGUCCUGGACAAGUUUGCAGACACCACCAAGAUCCUCGACGAGUGGCGCGAGGUUGUGAGGAGCACUGACCACCCUCAAAACUAA